ACAUGGGUUGUGUUGGACUUGACAGCGCUUUCGGUCAUGAAAAGAACUGCUACUCUUUGUUAAGUAAAGUGUUGCGAGAUCUGGUCCCAAAACCAGACCGAUCCACCCAGAUGGUCGUCGCCGCCUCACCGGCGGACACCUGUGACGGCGCGUCGACGUGAAGUGUGGCCGCUGGCUCGCACGACCACUUAUUGCGCUAGCGCUGUUAGCUUUACAACAGGAUGUCGCUUCACGGCAAAAGAAAAGAAAUCUACAAAUACGAGGCGCCAUGGACGGUGUACGCGAUGAGCUGGAGCGUCCGCCCGGACAAACGCUUCCGCCUGGCGCUGGGGAGCUUCGUGGAGGAGUACAACAACAAGGUCCAGCUGGUGAGUCUGGAGGAGGAGAGCUCUGAGUUCUUGUGCAGGAACACGUUUGACCACCCGUACCCCACCACCAAGAUCAUGUGGAUCCCAGACACCAAGGGGGUCUACCCGGACCUGCUGGCCACCAGCGGGGACUACCUGCGCAUUUGGAGGGUCGGCGACACAGAAACGCGCCUCGAGUGUUUGCUGAACAACAACAAGAACUCUGACUUCUGCGCUCCGCUCACGUCCUUUGACUGGAACGAAGUGGAUCCUAAUCUGCUGGGUACUUCGAGCAUUGACACCACCUGCACCAUCUGGGGGCUGGAGACCGGCCAGGUGUUGGGGCGUGUCAACCUGGUGUCCGGGCAUGUGAAGACCCAGCUGAUCGCUCACGACAAAGAGGUGUACGACAUCGCCUUCAGCCGAGCGGGAGGCGGCAGAGAUAUGUUCGCCUCUGUGGGGGCCGAUGGGUCCGUCCGCAUGUUUGACCUCCGGCACCUGGAGCACAGUACCAUCAUCUAUGAAGACCCUCAGCACCACCCGCUGCUCCGCCUUUGCUGGAACAAGCAGGACCCCAACUACUUGGCCACCAUGGCCAUGGACGGCAUGGAGGUGGUCAUCCUGGAUGUACGUGUGCCUUGCACCCCGGUGGCUCGGCUAAACAACCAUCGCGCUUGUGUCAACGGCAUCGCCUGGGCCCCCCACUCGUCAUGUCACAUCUGCACUGCAGCCGACGACCACCAGGCUCUGAUCUGGGACAUCCAGCAGAUGCCACGAGCCAUUGAGGAUCCCAUCCUGGCCUACACGUCCGAAGGGGAGAUCAACAACGUGCAGUGGGCGUCCACGCAGCCGGACUGGAUCGCCAUCUGCUACAACAACUGCUUGGAGAUCCUGCGUGUCUAAAACCACGAACACUUGUGUGAAGAAGAGAAAGCUCCUUCUUGGUUUUCUAGUCUUCGUCCCACUGCUUUCCAGACACGGAUGAGGUCACGAGUGAACUUUCUGAGCGUGUUUGGAGAAUCGCACACCAACCCCACGAUAACCCACUUCACAUUCUGUCCCUUGUCUGUCCUCCGUUGUCCUUCUAUUAAACGUAUGAAGCUCUUAUUUAUUUUGCUCACACGGUAAGGUACAGAAGCUUUGAAAAUCCGAGCGGCUGUGUAUGAAAAUUCGAUUAUUUUUAUACCUCUUGGUGUCAUUUCAGCCAGCUGUGAGAUUAUCAGGAAGGGUUUCGAUGUCGGGUGUUUCAUCUUUUUGAGUUAUAAAGGUACAAACUGCUGAAGAUGACCUCUCUGGGAAUACGUGGGAGCCUUCUUGUGGACUCAUACCAUGUUAUUGAUGAUUCAAAGGUCCGUCUAUGAUGGUCCCUGUAAGAUCUUUCAAACGGGUGUUUGUCCAGUUUUAUAAAUUGUCAGAUAACCUGAGAGGGAUUAGUAAUCUGUCAUCAUAUGAUGCGUUUUAGUUUGGCUUCUGACGCUGUGAGGCCGCCACGUCCAGCAUCUCUCGGGAACCUACCGGAGCAGUGUCGUCCCGCCCUUUGAACUCCCCACUUAUUCUCUUCUUUAUUUCUUUGUGCUUUUGAAAGCUGCCUUUUCUUUUGUGUUUUAGAGUUGUGAAAAUGGGAGCAGCGUGAAUCAACUUCCUGGCUCAGUCUGCCUCUCUUUUUAGUUGUUUCCCAGUAAUUAACGGGUCAUGUCCUUGUAGCAUGCCAUUACAAGGCAACACUGUAUAUACAUAUAUCAACUAGAGAUGUUGGUAAGACAGGUGUUCAUGUUGCAGCUUUUUCAUGAAGUUUGUUAUUGAAUUUGCUCUAAUAAAUUGUGUUCCUCGUUGUCCCAGGAACAAACAUGA